AUGAUGGCCGACGACCCGCCGCGGCGUCCGCCGUCGGCGCUAGAGAGGAAGAGCGCGCCGGCGCAGCCGUGGUCGCACGUCGAGACCAUGCACCUCAUCGACGCGUACGAGGAGCGCUGGACGGCGCUGCGCCGCGGCCAGCUCAAGGCGCACCAGUGGGAGGAGGUGGCGGCCGAGGUCGUCGCCCGCUGCGCCGCCACCCCGGGGGUCGUCGCCCAGCGCAAGACGGGCACCCAGUGCCGCCACAAGCUCGAGAAGCUCCGCAAGCGCUACCGCACCGAGGGCGCCCGCCCCGUCACCUCGCUCUGGCCCUACUUCCGCCGCAUGGAUCGCCUCGAACGGGGGCCCCUCGCCGCCUCCUCCGCCUACUCGGCCGCGGGUGGUUCUCCGCCUGCCGCCGACGGCGACGAAGAGGAGGAAGAGGAGGAAGAGGAGGAAGAAGAGGAAGAGGAGGAAGACGUGCAGGAGGAGGAAGGAGAGGAAGAGGAAGAGCUCGUCCCCCGCAACAACACCCGGAGCAUCAACGGCAUCAUCCGGGAAUUCGGCACCGGCCUCGCCCCGCGCCACCCGCAGCUGCAGCUCCACCAGCUGCCGCCGUCUUCCAUCACGCCUUCCACCGCGCCCCCGCGCAAGAGGGUGGCCUACGAGGCGUUCCAGGCCAAGGCGGCGGCGGCGGCGGCGGCGGUCAAGGCCAAGGACGACGACAACGAGGCCGUGGAGAUGGCCCAACGCGGCGGCGGCUCCUCUGGGCGUGGGGCUGGGGGAGCCGGCACGCAGCUGUCGGCUGUGCUGAGGGAUUUCGGCGAGGGCGUGAUGCGGCUGGAGCGGCGGCGCAUGGAGGUGCAGUGGGAGAUCGAGCGCGGGUGGCAGGAGGCGGACGCCCGCCACGCCAGGAUGCUCCAGGACGCGCAGCGCCAGCUCCGUGACACCGUCGCCGCCGCUUGUGCCUUGCCGCCGAAGAAGGCCAGGAGGGACCAUGGAGACUCGUAG